GUGAUUUUUGAACAGUUUCGUAGCAGUUGUUAGGUAAAGUAUCUCCAACAAUGAAAUCCUUUAAUAACUCCUGGGCCGACGAGGUGGAGGUGGACUAUGUGGACGGACUGCGGCCUUCGAAUGAGUACAUCGAGGGCGACUACAAGUACGUGACGGAGUACAAGUUCAACGAGGAAGGCAAGAAGGUGAAGGUGGUGCGCACCUUCAAGAUCGAGAAGCAGAUCGUUCCGAAGGCGGUGGCCCGUCGUCGCAGCUGGGUGAAGUUCGGGGACUCCCGCUCGGACAAGCCGGGGCCCAACUCUCAGACGACCAUGGCCUCCGAGGAGAUUUUUAUGCAGUUCAUCGGCUCCAAGGAGUUCGAGCAGGGCCACGAAGUCCAGUUGGACGUGGGCAAGAAUAUCGCCAAGUGCCGCAUUUGCAAUGGCGAUCAUUGGAGCGUCAACUGUCCCUACAAGGGCACCUCCAUGGAUAGCAAGACCAUGAUGGAGAGCAAGGCCAAUGCUGCAGCUGCCGCUGCUGUCAGCGAUCCCAACAAGACGGGAAAAUAUGUGCCGCCCUUCAUGAAGGACGGCGGGGGCGGGGCCAGCGGCAAGGGCUGGGGUCGCGAACGAGACGAUUCGUCGGCGGUUCGCAUUUCAAACCUAUCCGAAUCCAUGACCGAGGCUGAUCUCGAGGAGCUGGUUAAGAAAAUCGGGCCCCACACCAAGAUGUAUCUGGCCCGGGAAAAAAGCACUGGCCUCUGCAAGGGAUUCGCCUAUGUGCACUUCAAAUUCCGCCAGGAUGCAGCCGCCGCCAUUGAAGUGCUCAAUGGCCAUGGCUACGACCACUUGAUACUCUGCGUGGAGUGGUCCAAGCCCCAGACUUAAAGGGCAUUGCCUUAUAGCCUUGUUUACUCGAUUCUCUGCUUCAAUUCGAGAACGGAAAUGAGCUGCAGGCGCAUAUAAAUCAAAAUAAAACAAUUGUUGCACCAAGA